GCGACGGAGCCGUUCUCUUCUUAUUUCCCCUACAGGCUACAGCUGCUUCUUGUGGUUCCACAUAAGAGACCGCAACUCUCGAUUCAUUGCAUACUCUCAUUUCGUCUCUUCGUCUCCUUCGCUACACUCGCAAAACUCAUUCCACAGAGAACGGAAACAAAACAGGAAAACGUCGAAAGAAUGGAGAAGAUCGAGCACGCAACUGUUCGCACCAACGGCAUAAACAUGCACGUGGCGUCUGUCGGCGACGGCCCCGACACGGUCCUCUUCCUCCACGGCUUCCCGGAGCUCUGGUACUCGUGGCGCCCCCAGAUGGUGUCCCUCGCGGCCCUCGGCUACCGCACCGUCGCGCCCGACCUCCGGGGCUUUGGCGGCACCGACGCACCGCUGCGCGUGGAGUCGUACACGGCGUUCCACGUGGUGGGCGACCUGGUGGGGAUGCUGGACGCGCUGGGGAUCGGGCAGGCGUUCGUGGUGGGGCACGACUGGGGGGCAAUCAUGGCGUGGUACUUGUGCCUGCUCAGGCCCGAUCGAGUGAGGGCGUUGGUCAACACAAGCGUCCCGUGGUGCCCCGGCGGCACGUGUUUCCCGAGUGAUCCGGAGAAGAAGCCCGUCGAGUCGCUAAGGGCGAUGUACGGAGAUGAUUACUAUGUUUGCAGGUUUCAGGAACCUGGAGAGAUAGAAGAGGACUUUGCAAAAGCUGAUCCUGCCAAACUCAUUCAGCUGUUCCUCACAACCCGCAACCCAGGCCCACCUCGCGUCCCUAAGGAUCUAGGAUACUCGGGGAGGACCAAACUGUUGGAGGACAGCCAGGUUGACUUGCCCUCUUGGCUGACGGAGGAGGACAUCAACUAUUACGCCACCCAAUUCAGCCGGACCGGCUUCACCGGAGGAUUAAACUAUUACCGUUGUUUGGACUUAAACUGGGAGCUAUCGGCACCAUGGGCUGGAGCACGAAUCGAAGUGCCAGUGAAGUUCAUAGUGGGGGACUUGGACCUCAUCUAUCACAUCCCCGGCGUGAAGGAGUACAUCCAUGACGGUGGUUUCAAGCAGACAGUGCCCAGCUUGAAAGAGGUCGUGGUGAUGGAAGGAGUGGCUCAUUACCUUUUGCUAGAGAAGCCUCAUGAGGUUACUUCUCACAUUUGCGAUUUCAUCAAGAAAUUCUCAUCUCCAUGAUUUUAUUUCUCUCUUUGAAAAAUCAAGUAUGGAGCUGCUCAUUAAUAAAGGACGAAACUGUCGCUUUUUUUAGCUGUCCUUUUUCUUAUUUUUCUGCCAUUUGGUAUUACAAUGGAAGACAUAAUUAUAUCCAUUUUGAAUAUUCUAGUUUCA